AUGGACGGGACGGCGGCCGAGGGUCAUGCCAAGCCCCAGAAGCGGGUGAGAUUCCGGGUGGCUUCGGGAAGCAGUGGCCGUGUGCUGAAGGAGAUGUUCAAAGACGAGGGGCCCUGCGACUCGCUCGACUCUGACUGCACCAGCAGCUCAGCGGCUAGCGGGGACGGACACCCAUUUGGAGGGUUCCUCGGGUCCGAGCUGGAUGACAGUGAGAGCGAACCAGAUGAGCUGCUGGUGUAUGCCGCAGGGGCCACUAAGGAUCGGACAUUCACCUCCAAAAGGGUCAACAUACUCAGUAAGAACGGCACUGUGAGGGGGGUCAAGCACAAAGUGAGCGCAGGUCAGACGCUCUUUGAAAACUUUCCCCAUUCCAACAGUGUGGAGUUAUUGCUGGAGUUCGGUCGGAUGGUGAUCUACACCACCAGCUUCCGUGUGGUCAGGACUACUUUUGAACGCUGCGAGCUGGUGCGCAAAAUCUUUCAGAACCACAGGCUCAAAUUUGUGGAGCGAAACAUCGCUUUGGACAGCGAGUACGGCAAGGAGCUAGAGGAGCGGUGCAAACGGGUUGGAGAGCCUCCAUCACUGCCUGUCGUCUUUAUUGACGGCCACUACCUCGGGGGUGCUGAGAAGAUACUGAGCAUGAAUGAAUCGGGAGAACUGCAAGAUCUUCUAACAAAAAUUGAGCGGGUGCAGGACCCCGAGAUGUGCCAGAGAUGCGGGGGCUUUGCCUUCGUCCCGUGCCCGACGUGCCAUGGCAGCAAGAUGUCCGUGUUUCGCAACUGCUUCACGGAUUCCUUCAAAGCCCUUAAGUGCACUUCUUGUAAUGAGAAUGGACUGCAGCCUUGUGGGAGCUGCAGUCAGUGA